AUGGAUGCCGCCCUCUGCGCUGGCCUACACAUCCUCAACGACGGCAGCCACACCUUCGUGCGUCCCGGUGUCAAGCGCAGUGCGCUCGACCUCACGCUCGUCACGGACGACUGCCACUAUUCGUGGCGCCGUGCGCCAGACACUGAGGGCUCGGAUCAUUACCCGAUCCUCUUGGAGCCCUUCUAUACCGGCGCCCCGCGCACCAAUGUGUACAGUGUGGUGAAUUGGCCCCGUUUCCGCGAACUGUGUGCUGAAGUGCCAGUCGCGGGCGACUUCCUACAACACAUUGUGCAGUGCGCGAGUGCCGCCACGACGGUGUGUCGAGUGCCGGCGGGCACGCCCGUGCCCGACAUUAAGCUUCUAAACCUGCGCGCAGCUCGCCGCCGGGCGCAACGCAGGGCGGAACGUUCGGACAAGGCAGAGGACUGGACUGUGUACAACCGCAUCGACGCGGUCUGUCGACGCCACGCCCAUAGACAACGGAAUCGCAGCUGGUCCAGCCUCUGCCACACUUUCGACGACCCGCUCUGUCAACGGCGAGCCUGGCGCGUGUUCCGAGCCCUCCUCCGCCCCCGUGUGCCUCGUCAUCCGGAGCUCUCCAUCGCGGUCACGCUUGGAAUCGGCACCGCGCAGCUCGCCGAACUGUUGGCUGACACUUUCGCGAGUGCGCCCACUGCCGGUGCAGCUGCUACCGUGUCCGAGCUACCGCCACAUGCACGGCCCGAACUCUAUGCGCCCUUUCGCUUCUUCCCCACACCAGCCAUUGUGGAAGCGAUCGGCGAGCUGUGCACAGCCGACUUCAGCAUCCGGGAGCUUCGCGACGUCCUCGACUCUCGGGGGCGCCGCUCGGCGCCGGGGGCUGAUGGCGUCACUUAUCAAAUGCUCCGAAACUUGGAUGCCACCCAGUCUCGGAAGCUGCUUGACUCCUACAACGGCAUCUGGCGCACGGGGGCGCUACCAGCCUCGUGGGGAGAGUCCAUAGUACUUACCAUCCACAAGAAAGGGAAGCCGGAGUCCGAACCUUCAGCCUACCGACCGGUCUCGCUCACUUCGGCCGUGGGGAAAACAUUCGAAGCCAUGGCGCUCCGGCGCCUUCAAUGGAUCGCUUCCGCGCUUGAUUUUCUCGCGGCUGAACAGUCCGGUUUCAGAGCUCAUCGAGCGACUGCGGACUCGAUCUCGGACGUUGUGAGCCUUCUUGAGGAGGCCAAGCACCGUGGGGAGGCGGGAUACCUCGUGCUUUUCGACGUAAAGAGUGCGUUUGACUCGCUCCCACACAACACCAUCCUCAACGCCCUUCGUGAGAUGCGUGUGUGCGCGAACAUGCUCCGAUACGUCGAGGCGUUCCUCAGUGGCCGAUCCUUUCGUGUGCGCGUCGCCGGCGAACUCAGCAGUCCUCGGUUGGUGUCAGCGGGUGUUCCGCAGGGCAGUGUGCUGAGCCCUUUUCUUUUCAAUGCAGCUCUCGCACGCCUCACCGACCACAUCCCGCGAGUCACUGAUUACGAGGUGCGCGUUGCGGUUUACGCGGACGACAUCGCGCUCUUCACCUGUGGCCCCACCCUUCGUGGUCGGCAAGUGCGCCGGGGACUACAAGCUGCCAUGGACGCAGUUGACGGUUUCGUCACUGGCAUCGGGCUCCAGCUCUCAGCCGCCAAGACGCAGGCCAUGCGCGUCUACCCGGAGCACACGAAGUGCUUCGUCGGUGCGCAGCUCGUCCUUCGCGGCCACCGACUCCCGUGGAAGCGCAAAGUGCGCUACCUUGGUCUCACGAUCGACCAGCGGCUUAACUGGAGCCCCGCACUGGCGUCCAUCCGCAGCGACACACGGAGGAUUGGCGGCAUGGCCUCCCGCAUGCUUGCCAAUGGUGGAGGCUGCUCCCCGGACAUCGCGCUGCGUUUCUUCAAUGCGGUAGCGUCGGCCAGGGUUAUGUAUGCCGUCCCGCUCGUCGCACUACGACCUGUGCAAUGGGCCGCGCUGGACAACCUCCACCGUGGCGUGGUACGCCGCCUGUAUGGCCUGCCGCGCACGUCGCCGAUCGGCCCCACCCUGGCGGAGGCUGGCGAGACGUCCCUCUCACUUCGGGCGAGAGGCAGUGCGUUGCGCCACAUACACCGCAUGUACCUCACGUCCGAGGGACGACGCCUGGCUGGACGCCUCCUUGAUCGUCCCCAUUCGGGCAUGGGUCAGCGCGCCUUGGAGUACGCUGCGCUCGUGCCCGACCCGCCUUACUGCGGCUUGAUCCCGAUCCCGCCGCACCAAGAUCCUGGGCUAGAGAUCAACACCACCAUUCCUGGCAUCAGAUCCAAAAAACACACUCCUUGGUCUGCCCUCCGGCAGGAGGCUGUCCCCACGAUAGAGGAGCGGCUCGCCGGCCGAGUUCUGCUGUAUACCGACGGCUCAGUCACAGCGGACGGCUCGGCGGCAGCUGCUUGUUUCGCCCCAUCCCUCGGCAUCCGUGUGAAGUGCCGCCUUCCCCUGAGUGCUUCCUCCACUGCUGCUGAACUUGCCGCGCUCGAUCUCGCGGCAGAUCAACUCGUUGACUUCCUGCCGCAGUCGGCAGCAGUGGUGUGUGACUCUCGCGCCGCCCUCCUCACACUUGCUCGCGGAGAACGUGGCGCCCCUGUUGCGCAACGCCUCGCGCGGAAGUUCGCGGUGAUCGUGCGGAAUGGUUGUGAUGUUGCGUUCCAGUGGGUGCCGUCUCAUGUUGGAUUACUCGGAAACGAGACAGCGGACGCACUCGCCAAGGAGGCGCACCACCCCAGCACACCCAUUUCGACUUUCAUCUGCGCGAGCGAUGUUGCGCAUCUUCGUAUUGCGCGCCAUGUGCGCGCGUUACACCCGGACUCACGUGUGGCAACAGGAUACCCCCCGCGACCGCUGCCGAAGACUGGCAUCAGCAGGCGUGCCCGGGCCUUCCUGCUUCGGCUUCGCACCGACUGUUCCCGCACGGCUGCAAGGCAGUUCCGUUUCACCAGCAGCGGGAGCCCUUCGUGUGCCGAGUGCCCGGCAGAGGAGACCACCGAGCACAUCCUGCUUCACUGCCCCGGCUACACGGAACAACGCCGGCGGCUCUUCGACGCCUACGGUCGUCUGGGACUUCCACACGUGAGCCUCGACCACCUCCGGUUCCCCCAGGCCCCCCGCUCGAGCCUCAUGCGGGCCUUCGAGGCCCUGCUCGAGUUCUUCGGCGACGCCGCUCUCAUCGCGCGCCUCUAG